CGAUGGCAGUAAGCAAGAAAUACGGAUUACUGUCUUAGACACUGGGAUUUAUGAUUCUGCAGCAUCUCGACUCUCGAUCAACGCAGUAUGGGGACAACUGUGCCGGCCUGGCCCGGGUGGCACAGCAUAAACACCCAUAAUCACCCCUGGACUUCCCCAAAAAUCGAGUCCGACCAUCAUAUUAUCCGGGAAGCUCAGCUCCAAAUUCCUGACGCGUUGCAUUCCUUUCGCCGGGCGUCCGGACGUCCACGAAGCUGUCCUGCAUCUAUUUAGCUGUGCAUAUCUCCCGGUUACCUAGCUAGAUCCUAACGCAAUGCCUGUCAAUCCAGUACGGUCUUUCCUUCGUCCAGGACUUGCUGCAAACGGGAUGAGCAUCUCAGUCGUAGUCGCCGCCGCCGUUGCGGGCGUGGGAGUCUAUUCGCUCUACUUGAGGAGGACAUCCAACAAUGCCGAGUCUAAGGGGACCUUUGCAAGCUUCGGCUUCACGUCGCUACGUCUGCAGAGUGCAGAGAUGGUGAACCACAACAUGAGGCACCUACGUUUUGAGCUCCCAGAUCCCAAUGCGAAGAGCGGUCUCUCACUCACAUCCGCCGUCUUGACCAUCUCGUUCCCCAAUGGCGGUUGGAUUCCCGUUAUCCGGCCAUACACGCCCGUGAGCGAGCUCGAUGACAAGGGCUACAUCGAGCUCAUGGUGAAGCACUACCCAGGCGGCAAGCAGAGCACGCACAUGCACUCCCUCCAGCCGGGCGACAAGCUCAUCUUCGCCCCGAUCAAGGGCUACGCCUGGACGCCCAACAAGCACGCCCACGUGGCCCUCAUCGCCGGCGGCGCCGGCAUCACGCCCAUGUACCAGCUCUCGCGCGGCAUCCUCGGCAACCCGGAGGACCGAGCCCGUGUCACGCUCGUCUGGGGCGUCAACACCGAUGACGACAUCUUCCUGCGCGACGAGUUCGCCGCCCUCGAGAGGAAGUUCCCGGGCCGCUUCAAGGCCGUCUAUGCCGUGGCCGAGCCGGGCCCGGGGUCGAAGCACGCGGCGGGGUUCAUCACCGCGAAGUUGCUCGAGGGCGCCGGGCUGGGCGCGGCGGAGCGCGAGAAGGAGGGCGGCGACGUCAAGGUGCUGGUGUGUGGGCCGCCGCCGAUGGAGAAGGCGAUUGCGGGGACGAAGGGCUGGGGCGGGAAGGCGAAUGGGGGCGUGUUGGCUGAGUUGGGGUUCACGCCGGACCAGAUUCACCGGUUCUAGAUGGGGGUUCUGGUCUGAGGAGGUUGUGGUGGUGGUACAUGCGUUUCUCGGCGCAAGACCGCCUCCUAGCUCAGUUUGUUCUCCAUUUAUAAACCCAUGUCGCAGCAGAAGAUAAUACACUGGUAGACACAAUAAUGUGUCCAGGAAAGCGCUAAACGCUGCUCCAUUUCUCCCCUACCCCUGCGUCGAAGCGCUUCACUUUUCAAUCUCCAUACGGGCACAAGCAUAUCCAGUUUCCCAAGUACUUGCAGCACGCUGUCUAUUCAGGGCUACGCUGGAUGUGCUCGUCACGAGCCA